CCAACUGGGCAGAGGGAUCCUCCUCCUGUCACCACUGUUAACGUGUCUCUGGGACCUGGCAGCCUCCAUUGUGUCUGGUGGUGAUUUUUCCACUGGGUUUUUCACAUGGUCAAGAUCAUCCCUGUCAUAGAGUGGUGGAACUAUCACAGGGAUGAUAAUGCGUAGGAUGCUGCUUAGAUGAGCCUGAUGCACGUUAGUUCAGCGCUGCUCUUCUUAAACAGAUUAUAGUGGGCAAGGUGCAGCAGCUGUGCCGGAAAGGACUGACAGUAAGGGGGGCCAGGCAGGGCAGCCCUGGCACCCAGCGCUGCAUGGCUACAGCUGUUGACUCCGGCUGGCCAAGCCUCGGUCGGCAGUGCUGCCGUCCUAACCCUGAGCAGCAGCCGCCACUCGGGAACGGGACAAGCAGCUAUCUUCAGGCAUCCCGAGUGCAGGCACGGCGGCGUGACCCCGCGAACAAGCUGCGUUUUGGGCUGUGACCAAGCAUCCGCACUUCAAGGGCCGGGACUGGUCACCACGGCACGAAAGCGUCCGCUCAGUGACCACACUCUGCCCUGACCCGCGCUCCCCACAUGGCUCAGGCCGUCCCGCCCGUGGCGGCGAGUCUGAAAGCGUCCCGCUCGCCUGCAGCCUCCCGCCGCGGAGCCACUGAGACUAAGACGCCUCGAAAGCCGCACUAAGACCCUCGACACCGGCCCGGCCCAGCCCUCCCGGCUCCAGCCCCCUCUCGCCCGCCCUCAGCAGCCGCGGCGGGGAGGUGUUGGGCGGUGCUGAGGGCGAGGCGGAGCCGUCGCAGGUGUCCUAUGGCGGCGGCCGAGCGUUGAGACGGACGCGAGAAUCGCGCAAUGGUUGCGGAGCUCUGGCCGGGACAUGCAGGGUCGGCAGCGGGGCCCAGCCAAUGAGAGGCAGGCGGGCAGGGGCGGGGCGCUGCGUCCCGCCCCCGCCGUGGUGCGCGCGGCCGAGGCGGAGAAGUGGGAGCGGGCGCCAGCGCCGCCUGCUCGGGCUGAGCGGCCGCGGGGCCGGGCACAGAGGGCAGCCACCAGCACGCCGGACGGACGCAGGACAGGGACGGGCAGCCGCCACCGCAGCAGCAGCCAUGGAUCACUACGACCCGCAGCAGACUAACGACUACAUGCAGCCGGAGGAGGACUGGGACCGGGACCUGCUCCUCGACCCGGCCUGGGAGAAGCAGCAGAGAAAGACAUUUACAGCAUGGUGUAACUCUCACCUUCGCAAGGCUGGGACACAGAUUGAGAACAUAGAGGAAGAUUUCAGGGAUGGUCUUAAGCUCAUGUUACUUCUGGAAGUCAUUUCAGGUGAACGUUUGGCUAAACCUGAAAGAGGCAAAAUGCGAGUGCACAAGAUAUCCAACGUCAACAAGGCCUUGGAUUUCAUUGCCAGCAAAGGAGUCAAGCUAGUGUCCAUUGGAGCAGAAGAAAUCGUGGAUGGCAAUGUUAAAAUGACUCUUGGAAUGAUCUGGACCAUCAUCCUUCGUUUUGCCAUUCAGGAUAUCUCUGUUGAAGAGACAUCUGCUAAAGAAGGGCUUUUGUUAUGGUGUCAGAGGAAGACAGCCCCUUACAAAAAUGUAAACAUCCAGAACUUCCAUAUAAGCUGGAAGGAUGGCCUCGGUUUCUGCGCUUUAAUUCACAGACACCGUCCAGAGCUUAUUGACUACGGGAAGCUACGAAAGGAUGAUCCUCUCACUAAUCUGAACACAGCUUUUGAUGUGGCUGAGAAAUACCUGGAUAUUCCCAAGAUGCUGGAUGCAGAAGACAUUGUUGGAACUGCCCGUCCCGACGAGAAAGCCAUCAUGACCUAUGUUUCUAGCUUCUACCACGCCUUCUCAGGAGCCCAGAAGGCAGAGACAGCAGCAAAUCGUAUCUGCAAGGUGCUGGCAGUCAACCAAGAAAAUGAACAGCUCAUGGAAGACUAUGAAAAACUGGCCAGUGAUCUGCUGGAGUGGAUCCGCCGCACCAUCCCCUGGCUGGAGAACCGGGCCCCAGAGAACACCAUGCAAGCCAUGCAGCAGAAACUGGAGGACUUCCGGGACUACCGCCGCCUGCACAAGCCCCCCAAGGUUCAGGAGAAGUGCCAACUUGAGAUCAACUUCAACACUUUGCAGACCAAGCUGCGGCUCAGCAACAGGCCAGCCUUCAUGCCUUCAGAAGGGAAAAUGGUUUCGGAUAUAAACAAUGCCUGGGGUGGCCUAGAACAGGCUGAGAAGGGCUAUGAGGAGUGGUUGUUGAACGAGAUUCGAAGGCUAGAGAGGCUGGAUCACCUGGCAGAGAAGUUCCGGCAGAAGGCGUCCAUCCACGAGUCCUGGACAGAUGGUAAGGAAGCAAUGCUGCAGCAGAAGGAUUACGAAACCGCUACCCUCUCGGAGAUAAAGGCUCUGCUGAAGAAACACGAGGCCUUUGAGAGCGACCUGGCUGCACACCAGGACCGCGUGGAGCAGAUCGCUGCUAUUGCACAAGAGCUGAAUGAGCUGGACUACUACGACUCUCCCAGCGUCAAUGCCAGGUGCCAGAAGAUCUGUGACCAGUGGGACAAUCUGGGUGCUCUAACCCAGAAACGUAGAGAGGCCUUGGAGAGGACAGAGAAGCUACUGGAAACAAUUGACCAGUUGUACCUGGAAUAUGCCAAGCGAGCUGCCCCUUUCAAUAACUGGAUGGAAGGGGCCAUGGAGGACCUGCAGGAUACAUUCAUUGUUCACACCAUUGAGGAGAUCCAGGGAUUGAGCACAGCCCACGAGCAGUUCAAAGCCACUUUGCCAGACGCUGACAAGGAGCGACAGGCCAUCCUGGGAAUCCACAAUGAAGUCUCAAAGAUUGUCCAGACGUACCAUGUCAACAUGGCAGGAACCAAUCCUUACACUACCAUCACCCCACACGAGAUCAAUGGCAAAUGGGAACAUGUGCGGCAGCUGGUGCCCAGGAGGGAUCAAGCCCUGAUGGAGGAGCACGCUCGCCAGCAGCAAAACGAGCGGCUGCGGAAACAGUUUGGUGCACAGGCCAAUGUCAUUGGACCCUGGAUCCAGACCAAGAUGGAGGAGAUCGGGCGCAUUUCCAUAGAGAUGCACGGCACCCUGGAGGACCAGCUCAACCACCUCAGGCAGUAUGAGAAGAGCAUCGUCAACUACAAACCAAAGAUCGACCAGCUGGAAGGAGACCACCAGCAGAUCCAGGAGGCUCUUAUCUUUGACAACAAGCACACCAACUACACCAUGGAGCAUAUCCGAGUGGGCUGGGAGCAAUUACUAACAACAAUUGCUAGAACCAUCAACGAAGUGGAGAACCAGAUUCUGACCCGUGAUGCCAAAGGAAUCAGCCAGGAACAAAUGAAUGAGUUCCGGGCUUCUUUCAACCAUUUCGACAGGGACCACUCCGGCACACUUGGCCCUGAGGAGUUCAAAGCCUGUCUCAUCAGCUUGGGUUACGAUAUUGGAAACGAUGCACAGAAGAAGACUGGUAUGAUGGAUUGUGAAGAUUUCCGAGCCUGCCUUAUCUCCAUGGGUUACAAUAUGGGAGAGGCAGAGUUUGCCCGCAUCAUGAGCAUCGUCGACCCUAACCGUAUGGGAGUGGUGACGUUCCAGGCCUUCAUUGACUUCAUGUCCCGGGAAACGGCAGACACAGAUACUGCUGACCAGGUCAUGGCUUCCUUCAAGAUCCUGGCUGGAGAUAAGAACUACAUCACUGUGGACGAGUUACGGCGAGAGCUGCCUCCCGACCAGGCGGAGUACUGCAUUGCUCGCAUGGCUCCCUACACCGGCCGCGACGCUGUGCCUGGUGCCCUGGACUACAUGUCCUUCUCCACGGCGCUCUACGGUGAAAGUGACCUUUAAUUUCCCUUCCGCCCCACCACACGCUCCCUCCCCCCCUCCUCAUUCCACACGCCCUUUUUUUUUCUCUUUGCAAAGCAGCCUCUGCUCCGCUCUGUUUUAUUUUCAUUAGAUAUAUUUUUGUUGGGGGGGGUGUUUUUCCCUGUUUUGCUUCAGAUAACAGAUCACAUUUUUAAGCAGGGCAUGGGGGGGGGGUGGGAGGGAGGGAUAGGGGAGGACAUUGACACGGCACCACCUACCUUGCCCUUUAAAAAACGAGUUUACAAAAUUAUUUUGUGCAGAAAAAAAAAGGAAAAAAAAUAUAAAUAAAUAAAAAUAUUUUAUUAUAGAGGGAAAAAAAAAAAAAAACCACAAAACGAAACGAAAUAAACCAAACGAAAAAAAAAAAUAUUUUUCUCCACCGGAUUGAAACUUAAAAAAGGUUAAGAAGAUUGCAGCAGAUAUUUUGUCGUCGUUGUUGUUGAUUGUUUGUUUGUUGUUGUGACAUAGGAAGUUGAGCACAAUGUUACAUUCCAUCCUUUCCCCCCCCAAAAAAGAACCAAAAGGCAAGGACUAAAAGGCCACUCUUAACUUUUUACAUUUGAGUUUGUCUCUUUUAUCACCUUUUACCUUUUUUUUUGUGGGGGGGAGGGGGUGGGGGGAAGGGCACACGAGUGCAUGUGUUUGCUGGUUCACUCAUUUCAUGAAGAUAUUUUACAAUGAAACUUUUGCAAUUGCUGUGUUUUCUAAGGGAGAAAAACAAAACCAAACCUAUUGGGAUUUAAUGUACACAGCUCCUGUUUUCAUAUUUAAUUAAAACCAAAAGAAUUUACAAUAUGCCUCCUGCGUUUAUCGGUGCACAACUUUUUUGUUGCUGGAGAGUUGUCUGGAUUCGGAACAUGGAAAGCUUGAGAGUUGAUAAACUUUGAUAUUGCUUGUCACAAACCAUAUUAAAAACUUCUUGUGAUAACAAA